UUCUCUCUCUCUAGCAUACGUUCUAUGGUCAGAAAGAGAAGAACAGCGAAACCCCCAUCGAUCACAUCGAGCUUUCUAUCGUCGUCUUCUUCACGAACUAUCGCCUCUCCACCUCCGACUGAAAUCUCCGGCGACGGACAGAAAUCUCCGGCGAGGGACAGAUUCUCUUGCCAUCUAAUCAUCGGCGUCGAAGAUCCACUUUUCGUCGUGUCAAACUCUGUUCGACGUCACUAUUGCAUGGUAUGCUUUUAUACAUUUCCAUAGAAAAGCCGGAGGAGUUCGUCAUUGGCUUCCAGAUUCCUCUUGAUCUCUUAUCAACGGCGCUAACUAAAUAUAAGAACUAAUUAUUUGAAAACGAGAUGGAAGAUUGAGUGGGAUACCAAUUUCAGAACUGUCUUUCCCCUUCGCUACUGUAGCUUUGCACCGGAGAGAGAAAGACAGAGAGAUGAAAAAGGAUAAGGAUAAGGGGAAGUGGGUGGCAAUAUUACACAAGGAGGAGGAGGAAGAAAAAGAGGUUGUCCCGGACGAAGAAGCGCCUUCCAAGAAGUUCUCCCCAAGGAAUGUUUCAUCUAAGUACGACUUCGUUAAGGUGAAGGUGUGGUUGGGGGACAAUGCCGAUCACUACUAUGUCCUCUCUAGGUUCUUGCUGAGCAGAAUGUUAACAGUAACCAAGAUACCUAAUCAUGUGGCUGUCAAAAUCGCUCUUGAGCUCAAGAAGCUGCUAAUUGACAAUAGCCUUCUAGAUGUCUCUCAAUCAGACCUGGAAAUAAACUUGUUUAAGCUAAUGGAACGGAGAGGUUAUGGUGAAGAGUACAUAAAUCGUUAUAAGAUGAUGACAAGAUUUCAUCAUCAAAGAGUACCAUUGGUUAUUCUUGUAUGUGGCACUGCUUGUGUUGGGAAAUCUACAAUUGCUACCCAACUUGCACAAAGGCUAAACCUGCCAAAUGUCUUACAGACUGAUAUGGUUUACGAAUUACUACGCACAGCAACAGAUGCUCCGUUGGCAUCAUCUCCUGUAUGGGCUCGAGAGUUCGAUUCAUCUGAAGAACUAAUUACUGAAUUUUGUAGAGAAUGCAGAAUAGUUCGAAAGGGUUUGGCUGGUGACCUAAAGAAGGCAAUGAAAGAUGGAAAGCCAAUUAUCAUUGAGGGAAUACACUUGGAUCCCAGUAUAUAUCUCAUGGAUGAUGUCAAUAAAUUAAGAAAUGGAAUUCCAGAGAAUGUUGAGAAAACGAGUUCAGAAGCAGCUGAUGAUAAAAAUGAAUUAGAGGGUAGUUCUGGCGAUCAGCAGAGUGAGGAUACAAGUAUUCCUCCCAGUGAAGGAGAAUCAUUGGAUGUGUCGGUUAAUAAGGUCUCAGAAAAUAUGGAAUCAAUGGACAUUUCUGCAGAUGCUCCUGGCGAUAAGGGUGAAAAUAUUAAAGGACUAGAAGCAGAUAUAAAGGCCCUCCUUGGGAAUGAGACAGGAUCUGAACCAAUAAUCAUUCCUAUUGUUUUAAAGAUGGCUGAGUUUGACCAUAAGGCAUUACUCGAGGAGUGGAUUUCAAAUCGUACUAACAGCGACAAAUGUCAAAUUCAGGACAAUGAGAAGUUGAUAAGCAACUUGAAAGUUACACAAGACUACCUAUGCUCCUUUAAGUCACAGGGAUUGACUGUGGUUAAUAUAUCAUCUACAACAUUCCCUCAGACACUGGAUUGGCUGCAUAGCCAUCUUCUUCAGUGUAUUGAGCAACGCAUAUCACCUGUUUCUAAUGGAAGUCCUGCCGAGGAAUCUGAUCCAAUUGGAACCGAAUAAUAUAUAGAUGUCUUGUUGCUGGUUU